UCCGCCAGCCCCGCCAGCGCGGAGAGCGUCUGCAGCGUUCUGCGGCCCGUGCCUGCGACAGGAAACAUCUGUCGGCGGCGGCCGCGCAUCUGUGUGUUGUGUGUUUUGGUUCAUUUCGAACAAGGCGGGGGCAACAAGGGACGAGCUCCAAGAAGAGAAGUGCGUUUCCUCUCACGUGCGUGUGUGCGCGUCUUUUUCUCACGGCACGCUCGGGCAUGAUGCGCGCGGCUGCCGCGGGAUUCGGAUGGAGCAGCGCGGCUGACGCCGAGGCGGCGGCUGCGACAACGUCGUGCGGUGCCAGCGGUGGACGCCGAGGCGGCGGAUCGUCAACGUCGUCUACGACCUCAGCUCAGCAGCGUGACGCCGCCGACCAGCGCGCCAAGGCGAUGUUACGCGAGGCGGUGGACGCCGUGGUGGAGAGCUUCGCCCGAGGCCCCCAGGGCUGCAGCCGAGUGAAUGUGGUGGAGGCCCUGCAGGAGUUCUGGCAGAUGAAGCGUCCGGGUGAGCCCGUGACGUACGAGCUGGUUCCUUCGUGCAGCCCGCCAUACGUCUGCUACGUCACACUGCCAGGUGGCAGCUGCUUCGGAAGCUUUCAGAAUUGUCCGACCAAAGCCGAGGCCCGUCGCAGUGCAGCCAAAAUUGCCUUGGUCAACUCCGUGUUCAACGAGCAUCCCAGCCGCCGCAUCUCAGACGAGUUUGUGACCCAAGCAGUGCACGAUGCCAAGGCUUCAUUUGGUGGAAGCCAGGGUGUGGAGGCAUUCCGCUUCAUGCUCGAGGCAAACAGAGGGCGCACCAUGCUAGAGUUCCAGGAGCUGAUGAGCGUCUUCCAGCUGCUGCACUGGAACGGCUCGCUGAAGGCGAUGCGUGAGCGCCAGUGCUCGCGCCAGGAGGUGCUGGCGCACUACUCUCGCCGGCCGCUCGACGACGAGCUGCGCACACAGAUGGCGCUCGACUGGGCCGCGCGUGAGCGUCAGUUGGGGCCACCGGGCCGUGUGGCUGCCGAGGCGGCGGCUGCCCGCGCCGAGCUCGAGGCGGCGCGCCUUGCCGGCCGCGAGUUGCGCUUCCCUCUCGAGAAGCAGCGCAUCCUGGCCAUGGCGGCGCGCAUGAGUAGCGAUGGCCCGGCCGCAGUGUCGAGCCCCUGAUGGGCGCCCGUGAUGGCUCGCGCCGUGCUUGAGUCUAGAUGGAGAGAGUGACUUUAGCUGGACUAUGCAGCCGUUCACCACGCUGUUGCACUAUCCGUCCAUAUAGGGGGAGCCAUCGAAGUGCCGAGUGACCCCGAGUUUCCAAGCGUGGGCAGCAGCGGGGACCACAACUGCCUCUGGUGGCCAGUGCACGCAACAGCCUACUUCUCAACGAAAGGCUGAAGUGUUGUCUGAUCUCCACUGCCAAUCAGCCGACCAGGUGGGCAGGUUACCGGUUGCCGCCAUCUUGCUCUUUCACGUGCUCUUUACCCACUGCUGAGCUGCGGUUGCUAAAGGGGAUGGUUGUGGGCUUGUGACAAGCUUCAGUACCCCUCCUCUCUUCCCUCUCCGUCCUGCGUCAUUGCAGAAGUGAGAACUGGAAAGUGUCUGCAUUUAGAAAACUUGAUCAUGCCACGGAACAAACUGAAAGCACAAACAACGCCAUUGGCUGUUUUUACGGAGCCCAAACACAUUAUAUAAUUUAAUGUCCACAUUCAAGUGCCUUUGUGCUCACAAUACGCUAAGGUAAGAGAAGGUUCACUUCUUGCUCAAGUUGUCCACUAUAGUUGUGCUCGCACACAUGCCAGAAGGUGUGCUUCAUAUGGCCAAGUUUGUAG